AUGGGCGAUAUCAAAAGGAGAAAGGUUGCUCAUGGCGCUCAGAACAACCGCCAUGUGCCCAUGAGCAGUCCCCCACGAGCUCCGUCUUCAGAACCCGAGGCUUCGAGUGAUCAAGAAGAAUCAGCAACUCUUGAUGAAGCUGCUGCAGAGGAAUCCGAUACUCAACCCAAGACUUUCAAAGAGCUGGGAAUCGUCGACUCGUUAUGCGAAGCCUGUGAAUCUCUCAACUACAAAUUCCCGACCCCCAUCCAAGAAAAGUCCAUCCCCGUCGCCUUGCAGGAUCGUGAUAUUAUCGGUCUCGCCGAAACUGGUAGCGGAAAGACGGCUGCAUUCGCGCUUCCAAUUUUGCAAGCUCUCCUCGACAAACCUCAGCCAUUAUUCGGCCUCGUCCUCGCCCCGACCCGAGAACUGGCGCAUCAAAUUGGCCAGGCAUUCGAAGCUCUGGGGUCAUCAAUAUCACUACGAUGUGCCGUUAUUGUCGGCGGCUUAGACAUGGUCCCCCAAGCCGUUGCGCUUGGAAAGAAGCCGCACAUCAUCGUCGCCACCCCUGGACGACUGGUGGACCACCUCGAAAAGACAAAGGGAUUCUCACUACGCACACUGAAGUACCUGGUUAUGGACGAAGCCGACCGUCUGCUAGACAUGGACUUUGGUCCCGCGAUUGACAAGCUGCUCAAAUUCAUCCCGCGCGAACGACGGACCUACCUCUUCUCCGCGACACUCAGUUCCAAAGUCGAAAGCCUGCAGCGGGCCAGUUUGCGAGACCCCGUUCGCGUCAGCGUCAGCAGCAACAAGUACCAAACUGUGUCAACGCUUCUGCAGAACCUGCUCGUCGUCCCACAGAAGCGCAAGGACACGUAUCUCAUCUACCUAGUCAACGAAUUCGCCGGCAAGUCCACCAUCGUCUUCACACGCACCGUGUGGGAAACCCAAAGACUCGCAAUCCUGCUCCGCACUCUCGGGUUCGGCGCCAUUCCUCUGCACGGCCAGCUCUCGCAAUCUUCUCGCCUCGGCGCCCUCAACAAAUUCCGCUCCGGAACCCGCGACAUCCUCGUUGCCACCGAUGUUGCGGCCCGUGGUCUGGACAUUUCCAAAGUCGACGUCGUCCUCAAUUACGACCUGCCGCAGGACUCGAAAACCUACAUCCACAGAGUCGGCCGAACGGCGCGAGCGGGCAAGUCCGGUAUCGCAAUCAGCUUGGUGACGCAGUACGACAUCGAAAUAUUCCAGCGCAUCGAGGCCGCGCUGGGCAAGAAGCUGGACAUUUACCCCACCGAGAAGGAGGAAGUCCUGGCGUUCCAGCACCGCGUCGAAGAGGCGCAAAGGGAGGCGAGAAUCGAAAUGAAGAGCCUGUCCGAGAAAAAGGACAGGAGGGGCAAGGGAAUCAAGGGCACUGGCAAGAGGCAUCGCGACGAUAUGGACAAAGAAGAGGGUUAG